AUGGGAUUGAAUGACUCCUACGCUCAUGUUCGUAGGCAGAUUCUUUUGAUGGAUCCGUUGCCUUCGAUCUCGAAGGUUUUCUCGUUGAUUGUUCAAGAAGAGAACCAAAGAUUGGUCAAGAACAUUAAUCUUGUUGUUGAAGCUUCUUUUGCUGUCAAAACCGCUCAUGACCCUCGCAAGAAUCGUCCACAGUGCAUCUAUUGCAACAUGCUUGGUCAUACAAAAGAUAAGUGUUAUAAGUUGCAUGGUUAUCCUCCUGGUUAUUCUCAUUCCUCUAACUCUUCAAAUUCUAAGAAUGUUCAUCCGUUGAUUGCCAUGCUCACUACUCAACUUCAGGCUACAUCUUCUUGUGAUAUUCCUUUCUUUUCGAUUAAUUCAGCCAUGCAGGAUAAAUCAGUCAUUGCAGUCAGUUGUGUUGGGACUGUUAGAUUGUCUAUUGAUUUUGUUCUACAUGAUGUCUUAUUUGCUCCGGACUUGCAUCAGGUGAUUGGGAAGAGUGAGCUACUUCAAGGACUUUAUCUUUUGAAACUGUUGCCUUCACCUAAGUUGGGUAAUAAGUCUCCCUAUGAGAUUUUGCAUGGCCACCUUCCAGAUUAUGGUCAUUUGAAGACAUUUGGGUGCAUUUGUUUUGUUUCCACCUUGAAGUCACAGAGGGAUAAAUUUUCUAUUCGUACUUUACCAGUAAUGUUUCUUGGCUAUCCAUCAGGUGUAAAGGGUCAUAAAGUGUACAUCUUGAAGACUCGGAAGAAUCAAAGUCAUGCCUCAGUGGAGGAACCUGCUGCAUGCUCCCAUAAUUCUGAGCAGCCUGGAGUUUCUACACCUAUCAUUGUUUUUCAACAAUCUGCUGGGACAGUACCUGCAAUGAUUCUUGAUCACUUAUCAUCGGCAAAGUUGUCUUCUGAAUAUACUGGUUUUAUAGCCAAUGUUUCUUCCUCUCAUGAACCGUCAUUUUACCAUCAGGCAGUCAAGUCUCCUGGUUGGAGAGAAACGAUGCAUGAAGAGCUUCAAGCCAUGGAAUCUUUGCAAACCGGGUCAGUAGUUAAUUUUCCUGAAGGGAAGCAACCAAUUGAUUGCAAAUGGGUCUAUCGUAUCAAACACAAGGCUGAUGGAACAAUUGAUCGUUACAAGGCCAGACUAGUGGCAAAAGGUUUUACGCAUGUUGAAGGUAUUGAUUACAUGGAAACCUUCGCGCCUUUAUCCGAGGUUCAAGUUUUCCUGCAGCAGCAUUUCAAGCUCAAGGUGUUGGGACCUUUGUGUUAUUUCUUGGGGUUUGAAGUUGCUCGUAAUAAAGAUGGUAUUUCUUUGUCCCAAAGGAAAUAUGGCAUACAGCUCUUAGAUGACACGGGUUGUCUAGGCAUGAAGCCUGUUGAAGCUCCCAUGGUGCAUUCCUUAAAACUUAAUGCUGAUGAUGGCGAACCAUUGAGACGCUCUUCUUUCAUGAAAUCCAAGAAGCAGGCCACCGUUAGUCACUCGUCUUGUGAAGCAGAAUAUCAUGCAAUGGCUAUUGUUACAUGUGAAUUGGUUUGGUUGGCCUCAUUGCUUUCUUCUUUUAAUAUUUCCAUACCUCAUGUGAAGCUGUUUUGCGAUAACCAGACUGCUGUUCAUCUUGCUAUCAAUCAAGUGUUUCAUGAACGCACGAAAUACAUCGAAAUUGAUUGUCAUUUUGUGCGAGACAAAAUUAAAGAUGGGUUUUUGAAGCUGCUUCAUGUUGGUUCUUCAAAUCAAUUAGCUGAUAUUUUCACAAAGACAUUACAACCUCCCAUGUAUCGUUUGUUUGUGGCCAAGCUGGGACUUCUUAAUAUUCAUGCAGUCCUACCUUGA